UUUCCAGUUACCUUUGUACGGCAUUUCUUUUGUGCGUCUAUAGUUUUGCUAUGAAAAAAAUACCGGAACUCGUGUUGCGCAAAGGAUUAUGGUCUAUAUGAAUGAGGCGCCAUUUUGUUCAACAACCAGGAAGUAACAGGACGGAGAUUGUGGGAUAAUGUUGAACAUAUUUGACAAAGAAAGAGAUAUGAUCUGACCGACUUGUAGGUAUAUGGAGCAAGUGUUUAUGUUACUGUGAUCUCCAAGCUGCAGCAUCAGAAGUGAACAUAAAGUUUAGCAAUCACUGACAGAAAUAUUACAGGAUCUACUGUCGGAAUGGAAGCCAUGUUAGGGCAGUCUAGACGAGGUGUAAAUCCAAGAUCAGGACAGGUGACAGUACAGACACAACCUCCAUUAGCUGAACAGGAAACAAAUACAACAUUAGCUACACAUCCUAAUGUUUUCUUAGAGAAGGCAGAAGGUGUGCAUUCCUUUAGUGCUAAACUGGGAUAUUAUGAUAGAGAAAUAACCUACAUAACUGGGUUAGACAUAGAUAAUGAACACAUGUUUGUUGUGGAUAAUAAAAACAACAGAACAAAAGUUUUCACACACGAAGGGCAAUUUAAGUUUGUCAUUAAAGUAAACUAUCCAUAUGAUGUGGCUGUGUCACAGACUGGUCACCUGUAUAUAACAUCAGAGGGUGACAGUUGUGUCCAAGUGUACUCCACCAGAGGUCAGCAGGUGACAACCAUGGGUCAGGGUCUACUGGAGUUUCCACAGGGUAUUACACUGAACAGACAAGGUCAUGUGAUGGUUUAUGACACUGGAAAGAAGUCCAUCUUGACAUUCCAUGCAGACAGUGGACAGCUCCUGAACACUAUUCCAAUCAGUAUGUGUGGAUACCCAGUGUACAUCACAGUGAACAGUGUGAAUGAUAACAUUGUGAUAUCAGACUGGGGCAGUGACACGUGGGGACCCUGUGUACAUGUGCUGUCACCUACUGGUGAUCAUCUGUACCAGUAUGACGGCAGCAGAGAAGGCAGUGAACUGAGGUUACCACAAGGAGUGUGCACAGACAGCUAUGGUCACAUCUUCAUUGCUGACUGGGAUAACCACAGUAUAGUGGCACUGAGUCCACAGGGACAGUUUAUCAGAUACAUUGUCACUGAGGAUGAUGGGUUGAAGUUUCCCCAGGCAGUAGUCAUCAACCCUGCUACUGGUCAACUGGUGGUGGGAGAGUAUGACGGCAAUGUUAAGACAUUCAAGUAUUUUCAACUGAAACAAGCAGCAAAAGCAAUGAAGAUGGUUGAGCAGGGACAAAACCAACAGAAUGAGCCAACUCCACAACCCAAGUUUAGCAACCAAUGCUGUGUCAAUGACACCUCAGAUGAAGUUGAGGUUGCCCCCCCUAUGGACUUAUACAAUCUUGGUAGCUAUUCUGGUGGUGCAGAAAGUGUAAGAUCUGCUCCACAAAGGAGUUCACACCCAUUGCCAGGUGUGGAACUGCAGAGGCAUGGUGGCAACCACUUUCAGUUGAGACCAAACCAGCAGUAUUACCAGCAAGACCCAUACCAACAGAAUCAACUUAGGAUUCAAUCCAACAUUGGCAGCCAGUUGUUGCAACAAGGCAAUUUCCAAUCUCAGACACUGCCUGGUGAGUCAACAGGACCAAAUCAACGCCAAGAAGGACAGGAAAGCAGACUACCUCAGGAGCCAGUCACUGACCACCACCUGGAGGAACAAGGUGGUGUCCACUUUCAAACAAGUAGGCAAUCAGGCCAUGACUUCCCACCUUUAUCUCCACAACAGGACCCUGUGGCUGCUGGGGAUCAAGACCAGGGUGACCCUCAGACUAUCAGAAGAACAGGAAAUACAGUUCUUAAUCAGGCCUAUGGGGAUAACCAGCUAGAAAGGUUACCUACAGCAGUGCCUCAUGAGAUAGCUGGGGUUUUAAGACAUAUCACCGCUAAUGCAGGUAACAUGCAUAUUACAUUCAACGUUUACCACGAUUACUCAGGAAAGGAAUCGGUGACACUCACGAAAGAGAAAGAUGUGACAGCCUCAUUUCAUAAACAUAUCCCUCCAAGUGUGAAAAAACAAUUAAAUGAGACACUUUCUCAAGAUGGUGUGUGGGACCAAGUGAAGAAGAUGUAUGGCAUUUCAGAUGAAACCCCACGUCCUCCCGAUAUUGUGGCUUCUUUGUUGUCUGAAGUUGAGGGUUCUAUUGCAUCUUUCAUCAGUGUGUUGUUAAAGUUAAAAGAAUGCCACAGAGAAGGUCAGCAAGACAUUCCACAAGAUUUGAUUGAUGAAGUCAAGGAAGGACUUCUGAGUGAAAUGGAGUACAAGAAACUGAGAGAGAAAGUGAUUGACUUUGCUGCGGAACUUUCCAUUUAUAUGGGAAAAAUUUUAGAUUACCUGUAUCAGUUUAAUGUAAUACCAGAUGAGGAGAUAACAAAGCUUAAAAAUGAUGCAAAGAGAAAUCCACAAGAUGCUUGUAGAGAUUUGUUCAAAGCACUCCUUGCAAUAAGUCCUAAAAAAGAGCCAAUUAAACACCUGAAAGCUGCAUUCAGGGAUUCUGGUAUCUGGUAUCUGGCAGAUGAACUAGAAGUCAGCUACCAGGAUGUAGAGGAUGAAUUACAGAAACUUGGAGGAGAUGGGCUUUCUUGUGAAGAGCCAUUGUCGAUAGGAAUGGCAGCUCCCCCCACACCUGCUACAGGUGAAAACCCUAUUGGACCACAUUAAAAUUACAUGUGCAGUGAUUGAUAGUAUGUGUCAAGAUUUUUUGUGUUGUUUGGGUCACCGUGGACUAGGAACCUAUGGUGUAUUUCCACCAUAUUACUUGGAUGCCUUAGAUAUUGUCAUCAGAUAAAUAAAGUGACUUUCUGUUUCUAGUGAUAUUAGCAAGCCCUCUGAAAAUCUACAAUGAGACAUCCCUUAAUGCAAUAUAAAUAUUUCCUACAUUUCAUACUGAGAGCAUUAUUUGUGUUGUCAUCAGAGCCAGUGAAGACAUACCAGUACUUGUAAAUAUUUAGCUAAGAAUAAGGACAUACAUAAUGUUGACACUUACGUAGUGAACACUUGUGAACGUAUGGCCCCAUUCAG